AUGAGCGACGACGAGAAGGCCGCUGCCACUGGCGGGGUGGCCGAGAUGACGCCCAAUUCGUCUCGUCCGUCCAUCGUCGACGACGGUAUCAAGGACGUUAUUUCGGAACCCUUUUCCUACGACGAAGACGAUCGCGACUACUAUUCUCCGCAAAACACCACCGAGCACGACCUCAACGUCACCGAAGAUGAUUUGCUCGAGGCCCAGGAGCUCGCCUCCCGAUACACACUCCAAGAGGUCCGCGACAUCAUGACUCGAGUCUUUCGCGUCCACGAAAAAGACCACAACUUUCCCUCCAUUAUCAUCCAAAAGAUCAAGGCCUUUCUCGAAAAUGAGUCUGUCUUUUCCAACCCCGAGAAGCACCAGCACCUGAUCCAGGAGAUGAAGCUGGAAGCCGCUCUCGUCACCAGCAACAGCCCCUACGCCGAAGUUCGUGCAGUUGUCAGCAACAAGGACGAUCCCACAACACCCUGCUCAACCAUCCGCAGCUGGGUCAUUGGACUGGCUUUUAGCUGCCUGUUAGCCUUCAUCAACCAAUUGUUCGACAUUCGGCAGCCCGCCAUCCGUGUCAUGGCCAAUGUUGCCCAGCUGCUGUCCUACCCCGUGGGCAAGGCGUGCGAAAACUGGCUGCCAGACGUCGGCUUCACCCUCUUUGGCACAUAUCACUCCCUCAACCCCGGCCCAUUCUCGAAGAAGGAGCACAUGCUCAUUACCAUCAUGGCAAACUAUUUGCCCCAGUACUUUAAUCAACCGUACGCAUCCCACGUUGCCUACCAGCUCCUCAUUGCCCUGGCCACAAACUUUAUUGGCUACGGCAUGGCUGGUAUCUGUCGCCGCUUUCUCGUCUAUCCGUCGUACUGCGUAUGGCCGGCUUCUCUCGUCACCAUUGCCCUCAACAAGGCCUUUCACAACGAAUCCAAUGCCGCGGUCGAGGGCCCCUUUGGCAAGAAGUGGAAGAUUUCUCGCAUCAAGUUUUUCUACCUCAUGUUCAACUGGCUGACCUGGAUCGCCCCCCACAACCGCGACCUCAACGUUAUCACCGGCAUCAACCAUGGCCUGGGCGUCAACCCGUUCCCGACCUUUGACUGGAACGUUUUGCUUUGGGACUCGGCCGACCCUCUCAUGGUCCCUUUCUACAGCACGCUCAACCGUUUCUUCGGCGUCUUCAUCUCCUUCUGGGUGGUCCUCGCCUUCUGGUACAGCAAUGUCUACGACACCGGCUACCUUCCCAUCAACAGCAACCGCGUAUAUGAUCACUUUGGCAAGCUCUACAACAUAAGCCGAGCCGUUGACGACCGGGGACUGUUCCACGCCGAAGAAUACAAAGCAUACUCGCCACCCUUUUUGAGCGCCGGCAACAUUGUCAUUUACAUGUUCUUCUUCGCCAUCUACACAUCGACCUUGACCUACGCUGUGCUAUACCACCGUCACGAAAUCGUCAUGGGGUUCAAGUCUCUUUUCGCCAGCUUCCGAAAGAAGAAGAACCCGAUCAAGGACGAGAGAGUUCUCGACGUUCACAACCGGCUGAUGAAGGCAUACCCCGAGGUUCCGGAGUGGUGGUACUUGAUUUGCCUCGUGCUUGCUAUUGCCCUGGGCGUUGCUGGCAUCGCCGGGUGGAAUACAAAUACGUCUCCCGGCGUUGUGUUCUAUGGCCUGGCACUCUGCAUCAUCUUUGUCAUUCCCGUGGGUAUCAUCAAGGCCAUGACGGGCAUUGAGGUCACCCUCAACGUGCUGGCCGAGUUCAUUGGUGGCUCCUUUGUCGAUGGCAAUGCGCUGGCCAUGAACUACUUCAAGUCCUUUGGCUACGUCACCUGCGCACACGCCGUGUGGUUCUGUAACGAUCUCAAGCUUGCCCAUUAUGUCAAGAUUCCGCCUCGCCAGACCUUCAUCGCCCAAAUCAUUGCCACGUUCAUCAGCACCGUUAUCUGCACCGGCGUUCUCAACUUCCAGAUGAAGAGCAUCACCGGCGUCUGCACACCCGAUGCGCAAUUCAAGCUCACCUGCCCAGGCGUCAACACCUUCUUCACCGCCUCCGUCUUGUGGGGAACAGUUGGACCGCAAAAGAUUUUUGGCCAUUCCGGACAGUAUACGGAGAUUCUGGUCGGCUUCCCCCUGGGCAUCGUCGUCGUCGUCUUCUUCUGGGGGCUCAACAAAAAGUUCCCCAAGUGGACCUGGACUCGGCAAAUCCAUCCAGUGGCCAUCAUGUAUGGCGGCAUCACUCGAUUUGUGUCCUUUUGGUCCAAGUACAACUUUGUUCUCUCAGCAGCCUGGUCUUGCGGCAUCGCCAUCUCAGGCAUCAUCAUCUUCUUCGCCUUGCAAUACACCGACGUACAAUUCCACUGGUGGGGCAACAUGGCGUCUGAUAUGGGCUGCGAGGGCAAGGGGUGCACGCUGAAGCACCUUGCACCAGGGGAAUAUUUUGGACCGCGCAUGGGCACCUUUGACUGA